AUUCUGAUUUGCAAAAACGACCUACUGUUAAAGAAAUUUGGAAGAAGUUAGAUAAAUGGAACGAAGUCAUGAAAAGUUCAGAUGAUGAGAAUAAAGUUAAAAAAACAAUUCUUAGAAGGGAUGAAAUUAUUAAAACAUUACCGAUAAGUGUACAAGACCAUGAUAAUGAUUCAUAUGCAAGUAAGAUUAUAAGUGAGGAGGAAUGUAAAACUCAACUCUAA